AUGGAAGAGCGAGGUACGCCUGAUCAAACUCCGGCCUUCUCCGAAACAGGCUAUGGAGGAGCUCCAGGAGGACCAGCAUUCCCUGGACAAGCUCAGGAUCCUCUGUAUGGUUAUUUUGCUGCCGUAGCAGGGCAGGAUGGACAAAUAGAUGCUGAUGAGCUACAGAGAUGUCUCACCCAGUCAGGGAUUGCAGGAGCUUAUAAACCUUUCAACGUAGAGACUUGCAGACUCAUGAUCUCAAUGCUGGAUAGGGAUAUGUCUGGCACACUGGGAUUUAAUGAGUUUAAAGAACUCUGGGCUGUGGUUAAUGGCUGGAAGCAACACUUCGUAAGUUUUGACAACGACAGAAGUGGUACAGUGGAUCGUCAAGAACUGGAGAAAGCCUUGAUGAACAUGGGAUUUAGGCUGAGCCCACAAGCAGUGACGGCAAUCACAAGGCGAUACAGCACUCAUGGAAAGAUUACAUUUGAUGAUUACAUUGCCUGCUGUGUGAAACUCAGAGCUCUCACUGAAUGUUUUAGAAGAAGGGAUACAUCUCAGCAGGGUUUUGUGAACUUCCAGUAUGAUGAUUUCAUACAGUGUGUUAUGAGCAUCUAAAUCAAGAGGAAGGAAGCUAUGGAUGAUCACGAUU